UGAGUGAUAGCAUCAAAAUCUAGGUAUUUACACCGCACAAUAUUAUGAGAUUGCAGUAGCAGUGUUUGCUUUGCUCAAGUCUCAGCGAUAUGAUGGCAGACCCAGCAAGUUUCAUAGCAAGCUGGUUAACUCCUUCUUACCUCUUCAUCUUGGUCAACCUCGUCAUAGGCACCAUAGCCAUCACUUCUCGCUUCAGUUCCACGCCCAAAAACCAACAAGCCCACCACCCCCAACCACUCAGCUCCUUCAAUACCCAUCAUCACCAACCCAACUGCACUCAGCCCCAACUCCUUCCAAUACCCUCACUGUUGCAGCGAGUCACGUCCUUCAACCUCUCCCUCCACAAACACCAACCCACACCUCCAGAAACACAACAUCUGCAUCCCGAACCCCAACCCCAACCUGAAAAGCCGCCGGAACUGCUUCGGACUCCCUCACUCUUGGAGCGACUCAGGUCCUUCCAUAAUCUUUCUCUCCACAAACAUGUCCAACCCGAGCCAGAGCCAGAGCCAGAACCUGAACCUGAAAAGCCGGAACUGGUUCGGAGUCCCUCGCUCUUGCAGCGGAUUCAGUCCAUAAACUUCUCCCAUCUCUACAGAUCCGACUUCAGUCACCGAGAUGAUGAGGAUCCGGAUUCGGGUUCGGAUCCGGGUCGCGGUUCGGGAAAGGCGGCGGAGAUGAGGAAAUCGGCGAGCGUGAGAGGGGGUUUGACGAAUAGCGAGUGGGAGGAGGUCGAGAAGCGGAGGCCGCAGACGGCGAGGCCGGUUGAAACGACGACGUCGUGGAGAGAAGACGAAGAAGUAGACGCCAAAGCUGACGAUUUCAUCAACAGGUUCAAGAAACAGUUGAGGUUGCAGAGGAUUGAUUCCCUUCUCCGUUACAGAGGAGGUAACUCAUCAUGAGUAAAGAAAAACCCGCCCUAAUCUUCCUUGCGCCUGCGUCGUUGCCUCAAGUUGUUCUGACGUUAAAGUUUGUUGGUUUUCAAAUGUUUGUAUAGUACUGCGUGCUACUAGGUUGGUGUGGCAAAGUUCUUGUCUUAGUAAUCAUGUCAUGUAUGUCUAAUAUUAAUAAUAGACUUGUGUAGGCAUACACAAAUUGAUAAUAAAUUUGAUAUUAUUAAUAAAUUUAAUAUUAA